UUUGGUUUAUUUAAAUCCGUGAUUCUUUAAGACAAGUCCCGUAACAGGAAUAACACGUCUGGUGGAGUUGGCUGAGUAUUGUAAGGAUCUGGUGUGAUGUUAAAAAUGUCUUCUCAGAUAGAAACAAUAGUAAACGCGUACAAGACUUUGUCCAAGAUUCCAACAAUAGUAGGUGGUAAACUAAAUAAAUCCGCAACAGGGGUCACUGCUAAGUGGUCAGUGCGAAACUUGGAUAAAGGCAAGACCACAAAGUAUUUGUACGAUUAUGUAUUGGAUGAAAAGCUGAACGUUAUAUCGGAGAGUGAAUAUCCCACUGACAUUAGCAAUGAGUUGUUGUCAGCGGUAUCUCCAGGCGGGAGGUACAAGGCCAUAAUUCGCGAAGAGAAGGACACCAAGGAAGUCAAGAAGCAAUACUUGGAAGUGUGGUCGCGAGCCACAUUGGCGCACUGCGUGGACCUUACCGCGCUCGAUCUACACGGAGAUGUCUAUGCUGACUCCGAAUUCGGUAGCCUGGACUGGUCUCCAGAUGAGAGCUCGAUCGUGUACGUCGCAGAGCGGAAGCUGAAGAAAUCGGAGCCUUAUAUCAAGAGGAAGGGCGAGGAGAAACCAAAAGCUGAUGGUAGCGGCGAAGCACCUCCUAAGAAAGGCGAAGAGUACAUCUACAGGCAGGACUGGGGCGAGCAGCUGGUAGGGAAGCACUUCUCGGUGGUGGUGGUGUGUCGCGUCGAAACUGAAACCUUCACUGUGCUCGACAGCGAUGUCUUGCCAGACACCUGCUGUCCCGGACAAGUGCGGUUCAGUCCGAACGGCGCAUGCGUGUGCGGCGUGGCGUGGCACACAGAACCCCGCCGGCUCGGCCUCAUCUUCUGCACCAACCGCCCCUCCUUCAUCUUCGAGGUCGCGCUCGACGGCACGCACAAACGCGUGGUGUCGGGGGAGGGGGUGGCCGUGCGCUCGCCGCGGUACGGCGUCGACGGGCAGCUGCUGUGGCUGCAGCGCGCCGCCGGCGGCCCGCACCACGCUGCGCACGCGCUGCUCCGGGCGAGGAAGGACUCGAUAGAAACAAGCACAGUGGUUGAUGUCGUCGACACGGAGAGAAUUAUAGAAAACAAAGAUAAAUUUUAUGGCAUUUACUGCGCGGCGCUGCCGACGCGGUGCUUCGCCAAUGACGGCCGGCUGGUCUUCAGCUCCUCGCAGAGGAACGACGUGCGCAGCUAUGUACUCCACCUCGAUAGCGGCAAGUUAGUCGACGUAUCUAUCCGUAAUACUCCGGGCUCCACGACGGUGCUAGACGUACGAAAUGACGUCAUCCUGGCUUCCUUCUCUAAUAUGACGACACCUAGUACGGCACACACCUGUUCGGAACAAUGGGGUUGGCGCACCUGCCGCGUGCUACCACACAAACGAGCGCGCUGCCGCCACGCGCGCACCUACGCACCACUUGCUGUCCGCCACUACCGCCACCACCACUUCGAUCCAUGCGGCGCGCGGGGCGGUACUGACCGAUCCGACGUCACGCUGGCCUCGCGCCGUCGCCGAUCGAUCGCCGUCCGGCAUCUUGACCACGCUGUUGGACCACAUCUUCGCGUCUCUCAGGCGAUGUAG